AAUUGACUAUACAAUCAUUAAGGAGCUUGAAAGAUAGUCGCUGAAAGAUAGUCACAACCGUGAUUGACCGUACUUUCCGUACGCGCCUCGAGAGUGAGGGGCACGGAAUCGUGAAUUUUUUCCGUUGAGUGUGUGUAAGAGCGUGAAGGGUGAAAGAGCGCAGGUCCCUCACGGCUGACCGUGUCGACCGCGAACCCAAGAAAAUGAACCCGAGGCACCAAGGGUGAGCGGUGGGCGGACGGUUGUGUGGAGCAAAGGCGAAACGUAGGGAGUCACGCAAAGCAACCCCCGUGAAACUGGUGGUGGCGGCUCGCGAGGAACCGCCGCGGUACUACGUUCCCCGGCGGAUACCAGUCAGUCUGCAGGAUGAGGCGCGCGACGUGUCUGCUUUUUGUGUCUACCUUGCUCCUCGUCCAGAGGACCCACGUUAGCCGCGCUCAGAGGACCCAUGCGCGACAGGGUCUCAACCGCGAAAGCCCGACCGUUAGGAUACCGAAUCAGGGAAUCGUCCUCGGCAAAGAGAUAGCCGUCAACUCGGUGAGAUUGACGCAGUACCUCGGUAUCCCUUACGCGCAACCCCCGGUUGGCAAACUUCGCUUCACGCGACCGGUGACAGAUCCUCUCCCCUCUUGGAACGACGUAAAAAAUGCAACGCAGUUCGCGCCGUCCUGCCAGCAGGCUUCGGGUCAGCUUAAAUUGCACGAAAGGCUCUACAAGCGAUUGCUACCACCGGACAUGCCCGAUCCGGGAUUCAGCGAGGAUUGUCUCUUCUUAAACAUCUUCGUCCCGAGCGAAGGAAACCGCCAGGGUGACCGAUGGCCAGUGAUGGUUUGGUUCCACGGUGGCGACUUCAACACCGGAACUCCAGCGAUCUGGGACGCCUCUAUAUUCGUUAGCAGACAAAAGGUGCUAGUGGUGACGGUGGCGUAUCGAUUAAACAUCCUCGGAUUCUUCACGACGACGGACAGCGAGGCGUCCGGCAAUUACGGCAUGUUCGAUCAGAUCGCCGCCCUUGACUGGAUAAAGCGGAACAUCAAGCACUUCAACGGCUCGCCCAGCAACAUCGUCAUCUACGGCCACAGUUCCGGCGCGAUAAGCGUGGGCCUGCACAUGCUGAGUCCGCUCAGCAAAGGCAAGUUCCACAAGGCGAUCGCCAUGAGCGGGGACGCCAUCGGUUCCGUCGGCACGCUAGACAGGGAGAAACCGGUCGUGGACAUCAUCGCCGACAGAUUCGGCUGCGACCGACGACCGAGCGGCGCGCUGAUGGAAUGCCUGCGACGGUUGCAGGCCGACUUCCUGAUCAAGCACUCGUCCGACAUCGAGACUUGGGGCCCGAUUGUGGACGCAGAGACGAACAACGAGACGGAACCGUUUCUCGCACAACAUCCCAAGGACAUCUUGGAAAAUGGUAACUUCAACGCGGUGCCACUGAUUGUCGGUUACACGAAUAACGAGCAAGUUUUGGCGUACAUGGAGACCACCAGCGGCCAGAAUCCAGAGGGCGGACUCUCUUCGGAGAACUUCGAGACGAUGAUCACAGAAGAAUUUACGGCGGCGGUACAGACUCCGGAUGAUAACAGCACCUGCGAGUCGAAGCCCGAAAUGGUGACAAACGCGGUGCUGUUCUUCUAUAGACCGUACCCAUUCACGACGAACACGACGGUGUUUCGCGACAGAUACCUGGAUCUGCAAACGGAAAAGAACUACGCGGCUGGCCUGACGUUGCUGGCCGGCAAAGUGGCGAAGGGAAGAACGACGGCUUUCGUAUACCGAUUCGAUUAUCGUCCCAAAACACAACCGGUCGCGAAGGACGUGCCGGAAUGGGCGGGCGUGCCGCACAUGUUCGAGCUCCCGUUCGUCUGGGGUUUGCCGCAUCUGAUGGGCCCCGGCACGACGCAAUGGAUCUUCAACGACAAGAAGAUGUCCGACGUGAUGAUGUCGAUGCUGGCGACGUUUGCCAGGACCGGGGAUCCAUCCUUGAUGAGCGGGACAGGAUCGAUCAAGUGGGAGUCCUAUACGCAGGGCAAUCCGAGAAUUCUGAUAAUUGACAAGAAUGUAGAGAUGAACGAGCCAGAUGCGGUGGACUACAAGGCACUGGCGUUUUGGAACGAGUAUUAUCCGCAAAUCGUGAUGGAGGCGACGAACAAUUGUUGCAACGUCACCAGCACGGCGACGACAUGGAGGAUAUUCUUUCGUAACGUGUGUCUCAGCGGCGCGAUGGCUACGUUGGCGCUGCAUCACUUCUGGUUCUAGCUACGGUCACAGCGUGAAAUAUUAUAAAUACUGAAUUUAAAAAAAAAACGUGUUGCGCUCGCUGUUGUAUAUUUUUUAAUAGACCAAUAACGAAAGAAGACGAAACGGCGUCGUCGGAUUUUGCAAUUUUAUAACAAGAUCUCUUCCCACACUCUACUUUUUAAAAGCAAACGCAAUAACAAUCUUGUUAUACUCUUGUAGAAUAUAUGUAUAUUUUCGCGAAAUUUCGCAUUUUCUCGUGUGAAUAGAUUCUGCGUACGUAGUCGCGAUAAUUAUUUCACAAUGUUGUACGUAUUUAAUUGAGAGUUCUCGCACUCGUACGUCUGUAUUUAUUGCGAUAUGGUAAUCGUAUUAAAAAUUUCCUACGUUCA